AUGGCGCUGCGCUUCUCCGCCAACCUCUCAUGGCUCUUCCCGGAGCUCCCGGCUCUGCCGGCGCGGCUGGAAGCGGCGGCGGCCGCCGGGUUCGGAGCGGUGGAGGCGGCUUGGCCGGCGGGCUGCCCGGCCCAGGAGCUGCGGGCGGCGGCGGAGCGGGCGCGGGUGCGGAUCGCGCUCCUCAACACCCCCCCCGGGGACCCGGAGGCGGGCGAGCUGGGGCUGGCGGCCGUGCCCGGGCGGCAGGCAGCCUUCCGGCAGGGCCUGGAGGCGGCCGUGCACUACGCCAGGGCUGUGGGCUGCCCCAGGAUUCAUGUGAUGGCUGGGCGGGUUCCCUUGGGCACAGACCGGGCUGCAGUGGCAGGUGAGAUGGAAACCACCUUCAUUGAGAAUCUCAGAUACACUGCUGACCUCCUGUCCCAGGAAGACAUGAUUGGACUGUUGGAGCCUAUCAACAACCGCAUCACUGACCCUCGCUACUAUCUGAACACCCCACACCAAGCUGCUGCCAUCCUGGAGAAAGUGGGACGGCCCAACCUGAAGCUGCAGCUGGACCUUUUUCACUGCCAGAUCAUGGAUGGCAAUUUGUCACGGAACCUGGAGACGUACUUCCCACUCAUUGGUCAUAUCCAGAUUGCACAGGUGCCAGGGCGGCACGAGCCCGAUAGCCCUGGGGAGCUGAACUUCCCCUACAUCUUUGAGCUCCUGGAGUCCCUUGGCUACACUGGCUACGUGGGGUGCGAGUAUGCUCCAAAGGGAGACACCCUGGAAGGUCUGGGCUGGCUGCGAUCCUACUGGGAAAGCCGAGGACUGCAGCACGGUGGGACCAGCAAGGCAGCCAAGUAAAACUAGAAAACCAUGAGAAUAAAAGACAAAGCAAUGGCUUAA